AUGGCUAGCGGAAUGCCCGUUAAUGACAUCUGCGUGACGACUUUUAAUGAGCUGAAGUUGCGUCAUGCCUUCAAAUGGAUCAUCUUCAAGAUAGACCAUGACGAAAUUGUGGUGGAAAAGAAGGGGACCAGCGGCAAGGAGGACUUCUCCAAAGAACUACCUACAAGCGAUUGCAGAUACGCAGUGUAUGACGAAGGGCAGCGCAUCCACUUCAUCCUCUGGUCGCCAGACUGUGCCCCCGUGAAGCCCCGCAUGAUAUACUCCUCUUCGAAGGACGCACUUGGGAAGAAGCUGGAGGGCACAAUGGCCACCACGCUGGAGGCACACGAGCUGGGCGAUCUCAGCGUGCUUAACUAG